UGUCUCUGCGUCUGAGUCUGGGCGUGUAGCGGCUAAAACACUCUCGAACGUUUACUUUCAUUAAAUGUGAUUUUUUUGUUCUAGUGGUGAAAGUUCUACAUGUAGCUAGUAAUUUGACAAGGUGAAUUUCAACUUAACGUCGUAAAUAAUAAUUGCACAAUCAUGUUAUUGUGUGCAAGGUAGAGAAUCCUUUCUACACGUUUCUUAAUUGAUCAGUGAGAUAAGGUCAACCAAUUGGAUUGCUGUAAAGUGUCGGUCUGAAACACACGCACACACACACAGGACUUAUUAGAAGGAAAACAUAAUUAUGGAUGUCUAAAUUCGGUCGUUCCGCCGAGGCCGAGUGUCGAUAUAUGAAUCGCCCAGCUUGUAUUCUCUUCAUUUUGUGAAUUAACCUUCAUCAAUCACACUAGCCAUCAAUCUACUUCCAUGUGCACCAUGCUAUCAGUAAAGUAGGCAUCUGCCAUCUAGUAAUAGGCUACUAGACGUCUUCCUACGUAGCCUACGUAGGAUACCAUCUAGAAGUCUUACAACAUUUCAGGAAAUUAAAGGUCAAAUUCACAAACAGAAAGAUGGCUUCGGUAAAGCAAGAUCUGUCUUUCGUCUGGAAUAAUUAUAGCCGUAUACCCAUGGACAUGGCGGGUCUUGAUGGCAGUCGUUCGGCCCUUCAGCCUAUCUGGGACGGGCUUCGUAGCUUUUUUGGUGACGAGGUGCUCUGCUCCCCUGCUUUCCCCGUCGGGAUGGCCAUCGGGUACUACUUCUUUCUCUGCAUGAUCUACAUGUUCCUAGACGUGUAUGGCGUUAAACACUGGGCAUGGCUUCGUAAGUACAAGCUCCACCAGGACAUUCAUAUGACACAACCACAGCUCUACAACACCAUGGUUUUGACUAUGUGGAACCACGCCCUGUACAUCGUACCAGCUGGGGUCCUCCAAUACAUGUACGGGCCACCUUUCCCCCUCAACGAUGAUGCCCCGCUGCUGAUGCAGUUCCUCUGGGACCAGUCGAUCUGUCUCUUCAUCUUUGACCUCAGCUAUGGUAUCCUCCACUACUGGUUCCAUACUAACAGAUGGGCUUACCGGGCCAUUCACUCUGUCCAUCACCAGUACCACUCCCCCUUCUGCUGGGUUACCCAGUACCUCCACCCAAUCGAGCUUAUCUUCGUCGGCGCCACGACUGCCAUCAUCCCCAAGAUCCUUCAAGUCCACACCCUCAGUUACUUCGGCUUCCAAAUGUUCAAUAUCUGGAUCAGCGUUGAGGCCCAUUGCGGCUACGAGUUCCCCUUCUCGCUCUCCCUCGUUAUCCCUUUCGACAUUGUCGCCGGACCUCGUAAGCACGACCUCCACCACAUGAAACCGAUGUCGAACUAUAUGCCGCAUCUGACGUGGCUCGACAAGUUGAUGGGAUGGGAGUUCAAUGGAUACGACACAAAGAAGAAGAAGUAGACGACAAUGGAAUAAUGGUAUUUGACUAUUCCAAUAAUAAUUAUAGAAUUCAUUGUAUAUAUAUAAUUUGUUUUGUUUUUCUUUUCUUUACAUACCAAGUAUACUUCCAUCCUCACACAAUGUACUGAUUUCACAAAUGCACGAUAAAGUGCAACUUGGAAAAGCAACUUUAAAAAAAAAAAAAAAAGAAUUCCGUUUGAAGACAAAUAAAGCGAGCUACGAGAUGAACAAUUAAAUAAAUUAUUAUUCAAAUGUAUAAUAUAUGUUAAACAGUUAUUGGCUGAUCCGGCUCGUUCACCCUCAACGAGUUCUUGUUGUUUUAUUUUAGUAUAAAGGAAAGCAAGGGAUAUACGCAAGAGAUUUUUUUUUUUUUUUUAUCCUAAUUUUAUUUUUACAUUUUUAUAUAAAAUAGGGCUUAUCGAACUGUAUAUAAAAUUAUGACCAAGAUCAAAUACCGAUUGUAGUAGAAAAACAAGUAUACAUAAUUCUCCAUGUUUAUUUUCCCCCUCUUUUAUGAUUUUAUAUAGUAAAUAACAUUACUAUGUUACUUUUCGUUGCAAUUUCUUUGUAUUUGUUUGGAUUCUAUAUUUUUGUAUAUAAUCAGUUUCAAUAUGAUUUUCCAGCUUGAGAAGGUGAUUCAUAACAUGAACCCAAUCAUAUAUGUGAUUUGUAAUAUUGUCAACGUGUUAUGCUCUAGAAGGAUUUUAAUUUUGCAUUUGCUUUUAAUCAUUAAAAGAAAUUCUUUUCAAAAAUGCCCAAUACAAAUUCGAAUUUAAUGUUCGUAUAUAUAUCAAAAUGACGCUGAUG